CUCCUGGAUUAUUUUUUUUUUCCUCAGAAAUAUGCCAACGAAAAAACCCAUUAAAGUAGCUGUGAUAGGCUCCGGAUUAGCAGGAUUAACAGCAACUUAUUUAUUAAAUAAUAGUGAUGAUGUUGAAGUUCAUUUAUUUGAAAAGAAUGAUUCUCUUGGUAUGGAUGCUGCUUCUAUAUCUGUUGGACCGAAAAAUGAUUUUAGAAUUGACGUACCAAUGCGUUCCUUUAUGUCUGGCUAUUAUACACAUUUAUUCAAGUUGUACAAGUACCUUAAAAUACCUAUCAAAAAAGCUAAAUUUAGUUUUGGUUGGUAUAGAAUCAUGAUGCAGCCAUCCUGUACUAUUAAGAAGUCAUUAACUGCAUCUCAAGUUGCAUCUUAUACAAAAAAUGAGUCUUAUUUAAUCUAUAGUGGUGCACGUACUGUAGGUCAUUUGAGCAGAGUAAAGAAAUCAAUCAUGUCAUCAAAAGAUAUAUUUAUAUUCCUUUGGCAAUCAAUGAUCGUUGCCCUCUCUUAUUUAUGGCUUUUAUUUAUUUCACUAUGGCAUCAUUAUCAGGGUCAUCUGAGAGACCCUCAUCAUGCUAUCACUAACAUGACUCUGGAUCAGUUCUUUAAAAGAUAUCAUAUUCAUCCUUAUUUUGCUUAUGAUGUCUUUGUUCCUUUAUUUGCUGCUGUUUGCACAAAUACAUAUGAGUCUAUGUUGAACUAUCCUGCAUCUGACGUGUUAGAGUAUAUGGCCGUAGGUUUCUUUCAAGAAUCCUAUGUUGUAGCAUGUGGUGUACAACAAGUAGUUACAAAUAUCUCAAAGUCAUUUAAACAUGUUCAUUUGAAUACUCAAAUAGCUGCUAUUCGAUCAGUCACAAAUGAUCAACAGGGUCGUUUCAAGUUAAUAGAUGAAUAUGAUCAAACGUAUUUCAUAGAUCAUAUCAUUUUCGCUACUCAAGGGAAUCAAGCUCAUCAAAUCUUAAAGAGCUAUUUAGACGACACAUUAGAUAACAAUACGAUGACAACCGCAAAUAAAGUAGUAAAAGAACAAAUCGAAACCUUAAAGACCUUUCCAUAUGAUAAAGCCAUGGUUAUCAAUCAUACAGAUACUCGUCUAUUACCAUCAAAUCCUUUGAAUUGGAAAGCCUUAAACUUGGCUACUGUUGAUCAAAGUGUAAAUCCGGGUGAAAGUGAUCUGAUCAUACCUUACCCUCAUAAUACAACAAUGGCAACUCAUAUCCUUCAUAUGACACAUAAAACAAUGAUGGAUAAUAACUCUACUUGCUAUCUUCAAACAACAAAUCCAUGUAUUGCCGUUGAUCCUGAUAAACUUUUGUCAGUUGCAUGGUUUGAGCGUGCAACUGUGACACUUGAAUCGAAAAGGGCUUUAAGAAGAUUAUUUACUGAUCAUGGUGAUCAAGUUCAAUUGGGAUCUUGUCAAGGAUUUCAAAAUGGUAUUUGGUUUAUAGGAUCUUAUUGUUGGAAAGGCAUUCCCUUAUUAGAAGGCUGUGUAGCAAGUGCAGAGUAUGUUGUUACAAAAGGAAUUGCUAGGACGAUGAGGAAAACAGCCAUGGUGAAACCUUCAUUGCUUCUUGUUGCUCUUGUUACAAUAAUCACUACAUGUUAUGCUUCAAGUGGUGAUCGACAAAUAGAGUACAUUAAUUGCGUAGAAAGAUGUACAGCUAAUACAGAUAUUUCACAAUUGCCUUUUUAUUUACAAUUAUUACGUUGGACUGUACGUCAGGAUUGUGGCUAUCAUUGCAUGCAAACCAUUACACAGUAUGCCAUGGCUAACAAUCAAGUUAUCCAUCAAUAUUAUGGUAAAUGGCCUUUUCAUCGUGUAUUCGGUAUUCAAGAACCUGCAUCUGUUGUCUUUUCCAUCCUUAAUGGGCUUAUGCAUUUUCAUUAUUUCAAACAGAUUAAACGACACAUUCCUCAGAGUUAUCGUUUAAGACACUUUUAUUUAGGUAUUGCUAUUAUAGGAAUGAAUGCCUGGCUUUGGAGUACUAUCUUUCAUAUGCGUGAUACACCAUUCACAGAAAAGCUUGAUUAUUUCAGUGCAGGACUUUACAUUCUUUAUAGUUUUUGCGUAGCCACGAUACGAAUCUUUUAUUUAAAGGGCGCAUCCGUCUUGAUUUGGUCCAUCUUUUGUCUCCUGUUGUAUAUAGCACACGUCAGUUAUCUUUCAAGCUUGCAGCGAUUUGAUUAUAGUUAUAAUAUGUUGGCGUGUAUUAUUGUAGGAUCCUGUCAGACGCAGCUUUGGUUAAUUUGGUCUAUUAUGCAAUAUACAGAGAAAUGGGGAAGAGUUGAGAGAAGACCAUUUGCUUGGAUGGCGGGUCUAUCAGUGAUCCUCGUAAGUUGCGCUAUGUGUCUUGAAAUCUUUGAUUUCCCACCUUUUUAUCAAAUCUUUGAUGCACAUUCAUUGUGGCAUGCUGCUACAAUCCCUUUGGUUCCUUUAUUUUAUAGAUUUUUAUUACGAGAUACAGAAUGCGAAAUGACUUUAUCGAGAUUAACAAAUGAGAAGAGAUCUUUAUAAAUAAAUAAACUAUUCCUAUCAUAUAGUAUGAUUAUGUAUAUAUAUAUAUAUAUAUGUAUAUAUGUAUACAUAACACAUUGACAACUGUAA